CUGCGGGGAAACGAGCGGGACGCGUUUCAAGCAACGUGUGUGGUCUGUUUGUUGUCACUCGCAUGCAGCGCCGAAAUCUUGGUUUUCCGCAAGGCGAGCCUGCAACCAACCUUGCCUGUGGUGGGGAGAGCUGUGUAAUGCGCGAAGAGGUGAGCGAUGUAAAUCUUUCGGGCAGUGUUGUUGCAGGAGGGUUCGUGACGGACCUACCCGACCAUCUUGUCGUCGCUGUCACCGUGCAUUAACGCGAGUGUUCGCAAACUGCCGCCGAGUUCUCCACCGACCGUGUACCGUGGCUCGAUGACAGCGGACGCAUUGACCCGCGCACCCCGGCGGUACUCCCUCGACUCACGUUCUUCGGUCCGUCGCUCGCCCGACAAUGCGGCUCAGCGGCCCUCGCAGCGCACUACUCUCGUCCGUGCUUUGGACGCUUGUCGCCGCGCACAGCGUCUGCGGCGAGCUUCGAUCGAGUGCGGUCUCGAGCGACGCUCGCUCUAAGCGGCACGGAGAUGCCGCUCCUGCGACUGUCGCAACCAACGCCAGCGGUGAGCGGCAGCUGGUGAGCGACAAGGGGCGCCCUUCCAAAGGCGCUAGCCGCCACCACGCGACACCGCUAGACGCGUGGCCAGAGAAGUGCGCCAGGCCGGCCAAGUGCGAGCCGCUCGUCAACGCUACCUGCUUCGGAGCGCCGCUGCCAUACAGCCACACCACCGUCGAGUUGGCCAACGACUCGUCGUCGCAGUUCGAGAUUCAGGAGCGGCUGGACCUGUGGUACGGUCUGCGGCAGAUACCUCGGUGCUGGGCUGUGGUGCAGCCCCUCCUGUGUGCUGUGUACCGUCCCCGCUGUGUGGACGGCCUGGUCACAUUACCGAGCCACGAGACUUGCCGCCUUGUUCGCGCAUUCUGCCGAAUCACUGCUCUCGACUCUGAUCGGUGGCCAUUCUUUCUCCGAUGCCAGCAGGAAGGCAUCUUUGCAUCUGGAUGCAAGGACAUCAUGCGUGAGAUCAAGUUCAACACGACCAGCCGGUGCUUGGAGCCUCUGGUGGGGACCCCACGGGAGACCAGCUGGUACCCCGAGGUGGAAGGCUGUGGGAUUGGCUGCAGACACCCGCUGCUUACCGAGGACGAGCGAACCAGUAUGCGCACCUUUGUUGGUGUCAUCGUUGCACUUGCCACUGUUGCCUGCCUGUUUGCAGUGCUGACGUUCCUGAUCGGGUGGCAUGAGUCGCGUCACUACCCGAACGUGAUGGUAUUCUACAUGAACCUGUGCCUGCUGCUGAUGUGCGUCGGUUGGCUGGCCCAGUUCCUGCCAGGGGCCCGGGAAGACAUCACCUGCCGCCGAGACGGGACGUUGCGCAGCGGGGAGCCCAGCUCGGGAGAGAACCUGUCGUGCGUGGCCAUCUUCUUCCUCUGCUACUACUUCCUCCUGGCAGCCCUCUGCUGGCUGGUCCUUCUUGCCUACGCCUGGGAGCACAGGCUGCAGCAGAGCUCCUCCUCUUCUUCCUCGCUCCUGCAGGCCAAGGCCGCCUACUUCCACCUGGUCGCCUGGAGCGUGCCCUUUGUCCUCUUCAUCAUUGUCAUGGCCCUGGGGCUGGUGGAUGGGGACCCUGUUUCAGGCAUUUGUUUUGUCACAGCAGCAAAUCCUCAUGCACGAUCAGCGCUCGUGCUCUUCCCUGUCACAACAGCCUUUUUCGUUGCCGGUUACUUUCUUGUCCGAGAGCUGUACAAGCUUGUUCGUCUCAAAGGUGGCACAGGCGACAUGAUGAACGAUCGAGUGCGAGCCAAGAUCCAGAGCAUGAUCCUGCGCAUCGGCCUAUUCCUGGUGACGGCGGUUCUGCUGGUGUCAUGCACCUACGUCUGCCACAUCUAUGAAUUCCGCAAUCAGCCCAUUUGGGAGAGAAGUCUGCGCAACUACAUUGCCUGUCAAGCCAAUGUGGGGACAGCACAGAGCCCUGUGCCAGAGCUUCCUGUGCGUGUGUGUGAACCGGAUUCUCGGCCAAGCCUGGCAAUGCUGCAGCUCCACCUGGUGGCAUUUCUCGGCUCCUGCCUGGCCCUAGCUUCUUGGGUGCUCACUUCAGCCACGGCCACCACGUGGAGCCACUUCUGGCACAGAACUAUCCUGCGACGGCCGUCCGAGGAUCCUCCACGUGUGCAACGACACAAACUCGUUGCUGAAGCGUUCUCUCGCCGUCAUGAGCUGAACCGGGGACAGGGCUCAAUCAGCUUCCACAGUGUGCACGACGACCCCGUUGGGAUGAACUUGGACAUGAACAGUGUGACAUCACAAGACCUGUCUUCCACUUGGGCCGCGGCACUUCCCGGGUUUCUGCAUCGUCGAGGUGCUGUAGCAGGGCCUAGUGCAAUUCCACCAGUUCGGCGUUACUCAUCAACAUCUGAUGUUAGCCGGCAGCUUUCGUUGAGUGUGCGGCGCCAGUCUCUCGACUCCCAGAUGAGCUACCAGGUGGCAGCAGAGCAGCAGUGGCUUGCAGCACAACGCGCGAUCGCCCGCCACCAACGUCGAAAGACUCGACGUGAGCGUGAGCGACUCUUGCACAUGGCAGCUCUUCACCGACCCUCACCUUUCCCUCACACGGCACCCAUCAGGCGCGGCAGUGACUCGUCCAUGCAAAGCUUGGCAGCCUCAUCGCUUCAACGUGGCCUGCACAGUACGCUAACUGUUCCCAAACCGGCAUCAGUGGCUCGGGCGACAAGCACGGGAGACUUAAACCCUGGCAGUGUGCUCACCCAAAACCACUUGUCUCUGCAGAGGCCAUCUGUUGUGGGACAAAGGCGCAAUGAAUUGCUCAUCAACCCACCAUUCACCCAUGGCAUGUCUGAAUCGGGUUCCACACGCAUGUCUAUGCGACGUAGUGGUACUGCAACAUACAACGCUGCGGACAACAUUAGUCCAUCAAUUGUGGCAGCAAAUGGGGCUUCUGCCACAGCUCCAAUUGGCCCGCCCAACCCAGCAGCUCCUCAGAUGCUUCUUCCAGGCUACCCUGCUCUGGCUUCAGCCAACCCUUACACUGCCUACCUGAGCUACCUGAAUGGCCUCCGGCUGCCAGGACACCCUCCACCUGAAGCCACCAUACCUCCUUUUGGAUAUCCUGCGCCAUUUGGCUACCCGGGCUUUCCUUUCUACCCUCCCGGCCUGUACCCGUACGGCCAGGGCUUUGCAUCGUACCCUGAACUGGACCCGGCGCAUACACCACUCAUUCCACUGCAUCCAAUGCCAGACAGUUCAAGUGAGACAGGCUUCAUACCAAUCAUAACAUCAGAUUCAGACUUCACAGAUGCAGGCAUACGUAGUCCCCACAUGCUGUCAGCUCAGCGCAUGGUAGAAGAGCGUGAGAGGGCACUUGCGGCAGCAAUGGUUUCACCACCACGACCUCAGACACACCAGGAGACGCAGACUGAACAGAACAAAGAGACCCUCCUGACACCGACUCCCUUGAGGAAGGCACAGAGUGACAGGUCAGCUGCCGUGCCAGAGACAAUAGAGAUGCGAGAGAUCAAGUCCGGCCAGUCAAGGUGGUCCAAUGCAUCGGCACUGUCUAGGGCAAGGGUAUCGAAAUCACCUCCUGGACCAAGGCUCUCAUCACAGGCAUCAAAGAGUAACACACCAUUGCACAGAUUCAGUUCUGUAUCUCCACCUGUGACUCAAUCACCUGCUGCAUUGUCACCUCUGGCCCAGCAGCAUGGCGACAGCGUGUCACUGAGAUGUCGCGACGACUGCCAAGCCAUCUGUGACCCUUGCAGUAGCAACAACAAUACUCAGACAUCAUGGCCUCCUUGCAACCAGCAGGUGCAUCAAGGUCUGCAGCAUUGUUCGUGCCCAUUGUAUGGCCCUGAGCUGCCAUUACCACACGCAUCGUCGUACCUGCACGGAUCCAACAGUGGAUACCAGCAAGGAACACUAUGCAUGGACCAGUAUUUUCCGGGAAUAGCAUCUGGAAGCACUGAGCCCAACAUAGACUCAACCACGUCCGGCCAUACGAAUUCAGAUGGUCCACACAGCUGUCACACAUACCUCUUUGCUCCAGUGGAAAACAGUUGCGCAGACGGCGAGCUGCAGAGUUUUGCUGGAAAUAACUGUACAGCACAGUGUCCCGAGCAGUGUCAUGCAGCCGUUCCUCAGCCACAGGAGCAGUUCACCAGUGGCCACCUGGCAGCACCAUCACCUUCUCAGCAUCCUGCCUUCAAUGGAUGUUGCGAGACGCCGUCACACCAACAGAACCUCAGCAGUGGGUGCCCACAAGGUCUCACAGAGCCAGGGUUUGUGUCUAGGUGACUUUUAACUAGUGCUUGUCUUUCUUUUGUUGCAUCUUCACAGAUUUAUCAUCUCAUUCCUCCAUGCUCAAGAAGGAAAAUAGUCGUCAGUGCUGUGUGGCUUCAAGAACAGUGGCUGCCAUGUGGUACCAGGCAUGCGUUAAUUGUUGUAUAGUUUUUAGCUUUACUGUGACUCUUUACAUGCAGUGUUAGGCACAAUAAAACAU